AUGAUUUCUCUCAAUCCAUUUCGGGAUAUAUCGCAUUGCGAUGAUGAGCGGCGGCAUCUCAGUUGGACAAAUAAAACCUGCGGGUGGUAUCACUACAACCGCACCCAGGUCAUCGCUUCCCUGUUUGCUACGCUUGCUAAUCGCGGUGUCGCCCAGACAGGUACACCACUUUCCUUGAUGCGUAUGGUUAGGAUUCAAUGGAGCCACAUCGUGCACCCUCAGCUCCGAGCGGACUAUGAACGAACUGCGCUUGUUCCUCUAUUCCUUGACAAUGCCCGCUAUCUUCCAUUACUUACCGCGGGUACGUCGGGUCGUUUCGACAACUUCUGGCAUCUCCACUCCGUCUACUUUCAUGCUUGUUCCUCUCUUGAUGCCGAUGCACUUCCGCGUAACCGUGCUUCCGGUUCAAACGCAACGAAUACAGGCGCCCCUCCGACAACUGGUUCUCUUGUCCAAGAUCGUUACUUUUUCAAGUUCUUACGGUUGCUGCGAGUUGCUGCGGUCCUUUGA